CGCCAACAUCAGAUCGUUGCUUCCAGCUACUGGUGGUCCAGUAAACUGGAGUGAAGGAAUAACGGCAUCUGACGUGUCUGUUUUCGAAAGGAAAUCGCAAUAUAUUUGUCUUAUACGUGAUUUUGUGCUUUUCUGCGCAGGGCUUGUCAAAACCUGAUUACUUUAAACAAUUCUGACUUAAACCUGGAAAAGCAUCAAGCUAGCAUAACAGGGUUUGGAAGGCAAGCUAACGCUAGCUAGCCGUAGUUAGCCACCAGCAGCCUUCAUCAAGGAGGAAAAUGUGUUUUUGUUCAAGCGGCAAUGCAGAGAUUGGAAUCGGAAAGUCAUAUUAGGUAGUUCUCUUCAAAACGAGUGGAGCCGACUGGAGAUGAGCUAAAUUUAUGUUUGGAUACACAACUGUGCCGCACACAAGACAACUGCAGAGGAGAUGAGUCAGCUUUGGCGGGACAUACCCCUGUCAAAAAGGCUGGUUAAUGAUUCUCCAGCAGGCCUUGCACCCAGGGGCCGUGCCACCAUGGCCCCCCAGGGGUCCAACUCCUCCUGGAUGCCAGAAGCCCCCUUGGUGACACCGGAUCAGCCUAUUUUCCUCAUGACCUCUACUGCCCAAACCAUAUCAGGGUUUUUUGUUUGGACAGCGCUGCUCAUCACAUGUCACCAGAUCUACAUGCACCUACGUUACUACAGCUCUCCAAAUGAACAGCGGCACAUAGUGAGGAUUCUCUUCAUAGUCCCCAUCUACGCCUUUGACUCCUGGCUCAGCCUUCUCUUCUUCACCAAUGAGGAGUACUACGUGUACUUUGACACAGUUCGAGACUGUUAUGAAGCCUUCGUCAUCUACAACUUCCUCAGCCUGUGUUAUGAAUAUCUGGGAGGCGAGAGCGCCAUCAUGGCUGAAAUCAGGGGCAAACCCAUCGAGUCAAGCUGUAUGUACGGGACAUGUUGUCUGUGGGGUAGGACCUACUCCAUUGGCUUCCUCAGGUUCUGCAAACAGGCCACUCUGCAGUUCUGUGUGGUCAAACCACUGAUGGCAGUGAUCACUGUCAUUCUUCAAGCCUUUGGGAAAUACAAAGAUGGAGAUUUCAAUGUUGCCAGUGGCUACUUGUACGUGACCAUCAUCUACAACAUCUCAGUCAGCCUGUCGCUCUACGCCCUUUUCUUGUUCUACUUUGCCACAAGAGAGCUCCUUGUCCCCUACAGUCCCGUGCUGAAGUUCUUCAUGGUCAAGUCUGUCAUCUUCUUGUCGUUCUGGCAGGGAAUGCUGUUGGCCAUCCUAGAGAUGUGCGGUGCCAUUCCGCAGAUAAACUCUGCUGACAUUUCUGUGGGCGAGGGAACCGUUGCUGCUGGUUACCAGAACUUCAUUAUCUGCAUCGAGAUGUUCUUUGCUGCUGUGGCUCUACGCCACGCCUUCACCUACAAGGUCUACAUGGACAAAAGAUUGGAUUCAUAUGGCUCAUUUCCAAUCUAUGGACAGUACGGCCGCUGUGCACCAAUGAAAAGCAUCUCCAGCAGCCUGAAGGAGACCAUGAAUCCAGGCGACAUGGUACAGGACGCCAUCCAUAACUUCUCCCCAGCUUACCAGCAGUACACCCAGCAGUCCACCCUGGAGAGAGGUGGGGGGCCACCUCUCUCCCGAAGCCACAGUAACCUCAGUACCAGGGGAGACAACGAGAAGACCCUGCUGCUCAGCUCUGACGAUGAGUUCUGAAACGUGAACACAUCCUCAGAGCUUCCUUUUAUUCUUGUAGUCCUGAUUGGAUCAGCCAUGGCAGACAAAUCAGACGCUGACGUUGUUUAGCUAAGAUUCUUAUCUGACUUAUGUGAUGAUGAGAGCAAGAAGAGGAUUGGGACGUUUCAAAUAUACAGCAGCUCACAAAAGUGAGUACACCCCUCACAUUUCAGCAGCCAUUUUUAUUACAGUGUAUCACCUCAAGGGAUAAUACUACAAAAAUGAAAUAUAUUUCAGAGUAGUCAGUGUAUAGCUUGUAUAGCAAUAUACUGUAGAUUUCCUAUCCAUUAUUGUCUAAGUAGCUGGCAACACAAGUGAGUACCAAUAUAUUAAGUAGGUGGUAGUGUCUGGGGCUGCACGAGUGCUCCCUGUCACUGGGGAGCUGCGGUUCAUUGAGGUCACUGUGGGGCAUGCUCAUGUUAUUAUCCGCUAUUAGGAGUGUCCCUGAUACUGACAAAACAAAAAAAUCAAACGAGUAUCGGAUUAUAUCGGCCUGCGUCCAUUCCAGGCUCCGCUCCAGCACUUCUAUCCAGCAGCGUCCGGACAGAGCCCACGUGAUUAGUGUGCUAAAGUGCUAACAAUAGCAAGGAGUGAUGUCUUGAUUAUUGUUCUUUGUGUAAUAUCACUUAAUCACGCCUUUUCUAGCAUUCUACACCCCAAAAUAGGUAAUAAAGGUAUAUAUGAUUUGAGCUGAAAUCAGUAUCCACCGAUACUCCAGGCUGCAAUGUUGGUAUCGUAGCGGAACUGAAAAAGGUGUAUCAGGACAGCCCUACCAGCUGUUUAGACAAUAUAUUUCAGGACAGUAAAUCAUACAGUCUGUUGACUAAGUAUAUCCUGGUUCUCUUACUUUGGUAUUGUAGCUUGAGAAGAUGUAAUAAAAUAGCUGCUAGAUUGUGAGGGGUGUAAUCACUCUUGAGAGGUAGCGUAGUUCAGGAAAGUGUUGAGAUGUUUAUAUAAUUCAUUUAUUAGGCGGUAAAAUUGGGACUUGUAUUAACGUCAUAGAGGCCUGUCCGUAUUCACAUAUUGUGUCACGUAUAGCUCCGCAAUGCUGCACUUUAACUCCCCGAGAUAAAGCUAGAUGACUGAUAAGUAUACAUAGAGCUGGAGCUGAGCUCGAGUGCCAUCUUCUGACUUUUGGUGGCUUUUCUUCAUCUUUUAUUUGUUGAUUCUUGAUUUGAACCUGUGCCGAAAACCUUGCCAAAUAGCUCAGAGCAGAGACCUGACAGAUUGCUAUUCAAGUGAGUCGUGGCUUUAUUUUAGUACAAAAUGUAUGGGAAUUGUUGUUGACUAUUUCAAUUAGUUGGGAACGCUGUUAUUCCAGAAAUGUUGAGGGUGUUCUUGCCAUGUUUUGUAGUUGCUUUAUAUGCAAUAUCCAGAGUAAUAAUAGCGUGACUCAAUCUGGUGGCCUGCUAAUGUUUGCAAACUGCCGAGGGAACUGAUUUCGGAGAGAUUUUAGUGUGCCAGUAAGAUUGAUAGAAGGACAACGCCCACACAGCUUACUGAAGCUGCACCGCUGCCCAGCUGUGGUGCGCUCUGGACUGUAAUCCCACAAUUAAGGUCAUUGCAUGCAACACAGAUCAAGCCAGCCUUAGCCCCCGCUUGCGAAGGUAGCGCUGCUAUAGUUGCAAAAAGUCUGGAGGUGGGUUCAGACAGACACAUGAGGUUAUGCAAAGACAUGCCAGAGAGUAAAGAUGACUGGAAAAAAAACAUUUUUGUUAACAAGAUGAUGUUCAAUUUGUGUUUUAGCAGCAGCCAGUGUAGAUGUUGCUUGUGAUUGUAAUCUUACAUGUGUGAUGGCGGAAACACUGCAGUAUUCGCACCCAACGUUGCCUCUAAAUGAGCGUUAUGUGUUGUGGGGAAUGCAAGCUGUUUGGUAAAUUGUGAAGUACAGUCGAUGUACAGCGAGUAUUGAAUGUAGACCAAAAAAAAAGAUACAAAAUGAUGAAGUGCAUACAAAUUCAAAACUAAUCUGGAGUCCAUGGGUGCAAAUGUUUAUUCCGGUUGUGACCACAAAUCCAAAAACAUUUUCCAACCACCUCGUGCCCAUAAAUUAUGAAUACGUCAUUUGUUAUCCAUCUUUUUAUAGCAUCUUAGUGCUCUUUAAUCAUCUUUUAAAAACUUAAGAAGUGGAAUUCAGGUAGAAUUGGAUAUUUAAAAAAGCAGGACACAUUCCAGAAGGAAGAGAUUGUUGUAAAUACAGUUUAAGCACUGAAAAAUAUUCAAAAUGACGACUAAAAAUGGAAUUGCUGCAUAUCGUGCUUUGUUUUAAUAUUUUCAUUUUUAUAUAUCCCUGCUGUUGUAUACAUUUUUAUCUGCAUAUAUUUAUGCACUUGGGUUUUUGUUAGUGUUGAAAACGAAAUAAAAGUCGAUGGACUAAAGGAGCAGUAUGUUUUCCAUGUAUCUUGACACCAUCACAGCUCUGUGUAAACUGUACACUGUGAAGACCUCGAGGGAAAAAAUGUAAAUCAAACAAUAACAAAUUAACUGCUGCACCUUGAGAGGAUAUCUUGAGAAAUGCAGGUUACAACCACCACAGUGCUGUGCAGUGUUAUAAACAGAGACAGUAUACGACAG